CGUAUGAAACCAGAAUAAACAGAUUAAAUUUUAGUAUGCAACCUUAGCUGUUCGACCCAUCGAAAAACUGGUUCUCGUUGGCUCCUAACCAUCUAUCGUGAUCAUCGUAUACGGAAAAGGAAUUUCCGAUUUUUAACUACCAAAACUAUGAACCUAAUAUGACAAUCCUAACUUAUCAAAGCCAACUAAUUCAUCGAAUGUGGGGUAAAAAAAAAAAAACAAACAAAAGAAACUUACCUUCUCCUUAAAGAAAAACUAAUUGUUCAAUUUUAUCUCCUAAUAGUUUCUCCUCAGCCCUUAAUCACUAACCGUGAAGAAGCUGCUUUCUCACAUUAGCCACAGAAAAGCUCAACAGCCCAACCAUGGAAACUGAAACUCGAUGAACCAAAAAACAAUACACUGCCCGAACUUCGCUUUAUUAUGUGUUCUUCCGCAGCACCGGAAAGACAGGAAGUCACAAAUCGGAAUCCCACAUUGUCACUACUGUUAUUUCUCGAGUUCUGACAGUACAGAUUAUUGGAAGAAGUUCGAACCGAUGGGUUGCGGGAAAUCAAAGCUUAACGCUGUUGCCACAGGAAACACCACCAGCCGCAGCAGCAGCAGCAGCAGCAAGAGAUUGAAUGCUGCAGAGAGCAGCGUCGCAAAAAGCAGCAGCAAGAAAUUCAAGCCUGCGUUGUCCAAGAAGAGCAUAAAUAUGGAGAAUUUGACCCAGAAGGUCCCGAACUUGAUCGCCGCCGAUGCUGCCCCAGAACGGGUUCUGCAAACCAAAGAGGAAAAUAAAGGAGGAGAAAAACAGGGGAGUGGCAGCAUGAACGAGUCAGAGGACAAUGUUGGAGCUGUCGCUGGGGUAGAAGUAGAGGCCAUAACAAAAAAUCCCGAGCCAAAAGGAGGAGAAAAGAAAGAAAUGAAGAAAGCCGAAGAAGCCGGACAAGUUGCUAAUAAUGGUCAGAAAGUUGUGGAGGGAGCUGCAGGAGCAUUGGUAGGUGGGGACUCUGAGCCGAAAGAAGAAGAGAAGGGAGAAACCACGAAAGCCGAAGAAGCUGGAGGAGUUGCUAAUGGUCAGAAAGGUGCGGAGGGAGCUGCAGGAACAUCGGUCGUUGGUGACUCCCAGCCGAAAGAAGAAGAGAAGGGGGAAACCGUGAAAGCCAAAGAAGCUGGAGGAGUUGCUAAUGGUGAGGAAACUGUGGAAGGAGCUGCAGGAACAGUGAUAGGCGGGGACUUGCCAAAUCACUCCUCAGAUGAGGAAGCAAGCAAGGGGGUCGGCUCCAAGGGGCAACCGGAGAACAACUCACCAAGGCACGAGAUGGGUAAGGAAAGGAAUUCCGGAGAGAUUGCAAAGGCAGCAGAGGACGUGGAGGAGAAAGCUUCGGUCGAGAAAACAAAAGAGGACAACCCGACUGAAGCCGACAAGAAAGAAGAAAAAGCUCCCCUCGAGGAAACAAAGGAGAACAACUUGAUCAAUGAAGCCGAGCAAGAAGCAAAAGCUGGAGAGGACAAGGAUUCGACUCCCGCUCAGGAGAAUGGGGUUACCUCAGCAGCUGAAGAGAACAAGACUGCCUGAAACGAAGACUUGGCAUCACAGAGAUGUCAAAAGCAUCACAUAAACAUGAUCAAAAGUUAUGUUUUAAGAUUUGUUAUAGUAUAAAAGAUGUAGCUCCCGUCAAUAUCAACCGAGAUCAUUCAGUAAGGUCUAAAGAGCAAAUGCAGCAGAUUGUAUAGCAUUGUCUAAUUAUUGACCAAAGCCCAUGGUUGUUGCCUCUCCAUUGCACAACGUGUUCUAAAAAGUAAACUGGAAAAUUGCUGCUA